AAUCACACUAGAAAUGUUUAAUCUGAUCCUCUUGUCAGUCUUGUGUUAACACGCGCUGUGCUCCUUCCUCGCCUCUUCAUCUCCUCUCCUCCUAUAUAAUUUAGGGUUUCUUUUGGCGGAUCUCAAUUUUCUGAAUUCGUUAUUUAGAAACCCCGUAUAUUCAAUUAUCAAAUGGAAAAUAUAUGGAGAAAUUAUUUUAGUGCUGGCUUGACCCUUUUUCUUUUUUUGGGGAAGCUAACUUGCGCCGACCCUGUUAGGGUUUCAUCAUCGCCAGUUUGUCCCUUAGAAUCCGUCAUAGAUUCCAUCUUGGGGUCCCAUGAUUUCACCUGUUCCGUCAGUGGGGUCCGAUCUUUUUACACCGCUGGUGUAAUUGAGGGGAAUGAGGUCGCACUUCAGAAGGCACUGCAUAUGGUUCACAAAAAUACACACGACUAUGUUGCUCUUCUCUUUUAUGCUUCUUGGUGUCCUUUCUCUGGCACAUUUAGGCCAAGCUUCUCCGUCCUGUCCUCCCUUUUUCCUUCUGUUCCUCAUUUUGCUAUUGAAGAAUCAGCCGUUAGGCCAAGUAUCUUAUCCAAGUAUGGAGUUCAUGGGUUACCUACUUUGUUUCUCCUGAACUCCACCACGCGUGUGCGAUAUCAUGGUUCUCGAACCCUUGAUUCUCUUGUCUCCUUCUAUGGCAAUGUUACUGGCAUGAAGACGGCAUCAGUUGAUGGAGUAUGUUUGGACAAGAUUGGUUGCACUGGAUAUGAAGACGAGCACGAAAGUUACAAGGAAAUCUGUCCAUUUCCCUGGGCUAGAUUCCCUGAAAAUUUGCUUCAGCAGGAGACAUGUUUGGCCCUGGCUACUCUAUUUGUGAUUUUGAGAUUGCUCUAUUUCUUCUUCCCAACUUUGCGGGGAUGUGCUCAAUUAGCUUGGAGAAGGUGUGUGUUAAAAUUGGGGAGUUCGUGGGAGCAUCCCGUUGUGUACCUAAACCGAGCAAUACCGUUGUUCAAUUCCCUUAAAGAACCUUGCAAGAAAAGCAAUUUGCAGGAAGGAGCUAAGAACGCCAAAGUAUGGGCAUCCAAGUCUUUAGCUUCUGUUUCAUUUGGCGAUGCAAGCUCAAGCCAUGAUUUGUCAGUAAGUUCUGCCAACUGAAUUUUUUUUCCUUUUUUUGGCUCCCAGGACAUGAUACCAGCUAUUUAAAAUAUAUAUAAGGGUACGGAAGUAUUACCAAUUGUUGGUCAGAGUUUAUUCUUUUGAAAUUCCUUGCUGCCUAUUUAGUGUUCUUUGUGGGGCUCUAUAUCUUAAGAUGUGGCAAAGAAUGCUCUAUGUAUGGCCGUUGUAAUAAUUAGUUCAAUUUCGAUGUAAUGUAGAUUAGAAUUUGUUUUGACAGUCCAAGAACAGAAAAAUAACAGUGGGUUUAAAUCUAUGUAUAGCUGUUAACCGAUGCCUGAUUGUGAA